GUAUAUUCGCAUAGUUUCAUUUAUUUUCAGGAUGAAGUUUUUUCUCAAUGCUAUCGUUUCGUCAAUUCCAGAAUUUCCGUACGGAAGUUGAGAAUCACAAGCGGUUUAGGGGAGACAAUACCGUUAUGCGAAUGAUCGACAGUUGUACACAGAAUGGGCCAGACGGGAAAUUUGGUCUGCUCCUGCUAGAAUUAGUGACUACCAUUGGAAAUGCCUCGUUUAUAGUCAGCAUGCGCCUUUUGACCAGUGAUGUGCUGGUACCACACAAGCAUGCCCUAAUCACAUCAAUGCAAGUGUUCCUGGUAACGAGUAAACGUAUCCGUUGA